AUGGCUAGAGCUCUACUCAUCUCACCUCCCUGCUUCAUCUUCUUUAUCUUUCUCAUUUUCUCUUAUGCCACAAUCCCAGCUUUUGGAGAAGAAUAUAGCUAUGUCAAGCGUGUCAAUCCUAAGAAAAUGAAGAUAUUGAAGGAAAAGUUAAGUCAUUUUCGACUUUACUGGCACGACAUUGUUAGCGGGUCUAAUCCAACCUCAAUUCAAGUGGUUAAACCAGUGAAUAACUCGUCAACAUUCUUUGGUUCAAUAAAUAUGAUUGAUAAUCCGUUAACCGUUGGACCAAAGUUGAGCUCAAAACUGGUUGGAAAGGCUCAAGGGUUUUAUUCAUCCGCAGGACAAGAAGAAUUUGGAUUAUUGAUGGUUAUGAAUUUUGUAUUCAUCGAUGGCAAGUAUAAUGGUAGCACAUUCACUGUGUUAGGACGAAACAAAGUUCUUUCUAAGGUGAGGGAGAUGGAGGUGAUCGGUGGCAGUGGAAUUUUUCGAUUUGCUAAAGGUUAUGUUCAAGCAAAAACUUACAUGCUCAAUUCCACGGGGGACGCUACUGUUGAGUACAAUGCCUAUGUCAAACAUUAUUGAUUUUUUUUUUCUUUUUUUAGUAUUUUAAUGGAGCUUUGGUCCAUAGUGGUGAUAGACUUGAAUUAUUGUGUGUUCCCACCAUAGCUAAGUGGGGUUCUAUAGUUUUGCUUAAUUUAAUUAAAUUAUGUUGCUAUUUCUUUACCUAAUUUAAGGUAAGUAU